AUGUCAAAAGGGUCGAGACGAGCUGCUCUUUCCAAAAGACUAUCCAGUUCUUCUUUAAGUAACUUGUUCAAAUUGAACAAAAGAAAACGGUCACUGGAUGAUGACGAUGAGGUUUCUUCCAGUGAUACAUCGACUUCAAAUUCUCAUAAUGGGAAAAGUGGAAUUGAUUCCGGUAAUCCUAUAAAACGUCGUCGUUUAAGCCAAUCUAAUGAACAAAUGGAAUUUUUAAAUCGUGAAAAGAUAUUGGACGAGUCUUUGCCUGAAGACUUACGUAAAUUUAGGCCAACUGGGUUCCCAUUCAAUUUACCUCCCACUGAUAGACCAAUACGUAUAUAUGCCGAUGGUGUUUUCGAUUUGUUCCAUUUGGGUCAUAUGAAACAAUUGGAACAAUGUAAGAAGUCUUUCCCAAAUGUUACUCUUAUCUGUGGUGUUCCUAGUGAUAAAAUUACUCAUAAAUUGAAAGGGUUAACUGUGUUAUCCGAUGAACAACGUUGCGAAACUCUAAGACAUUGUAAAUGGGUAGAUGAGGUUGUCCCUGAUGCUCCUUGGUGUGUCACACCAAAAUUUUUAGACGAGCACGAUAUCGACUAUGUCGCACAUGAUGAUAUUCCAUAUGUCAGCGCAGAUUCAGAUGAUAUCUACAAACCAAUUAAAGAAAUGGGUAAGUUCUUAACAACUCAAAGAACCGAAGGUAUUUCAACAAGUGACAUCAUUACAAAAAUUAUUAGAGAUUACGAUAAAUAUCUAAUGAGAAAUUUCGCUAGAGGUGCUACUAGACAAGAAUUAAACGUCUCGUGGUUAAAAAAAAAUGAAUUGGAUUUCAAAAAACAUAUCAGCGAAUUCAGAUCUUAUUUCAAGAAAAAUCAAGAACAUAUAAAUAAUGCUUCAAGGGACUUAUAUUUCGAAGUAAGAGAAAUGUUACUAAAGAAAACAUUAGGUAAUAAAUUGUAUUCAAAAUUAGCAGGCAGCGAGAAUGAUAAAGAUAUCAACGGCUUAGCUAAUACUGGAAAAUUUAUUAAAGACUUUGUAGAUAGAAAAAGAAGACUAAUAAAGGAAGAUUCACCUGCCAGUGAAUUCGCUUCUCAAUACACUGGCGAGAAGUUUGGAUCUAAUCGUAGAAAGCGUGCCCAUCAAUCUGAGGAAGACGAAGAAGACGAAGAUGAUAAUGACGACAAUGAUAAUGAAUCUAGUGAUGGGCAGAAUGUCGAAGAAGAACAUUCAGAAAAGGAAAGUCCAUCUUCAAAUGAUGACGAAUAA